UUAAGUUGUUAGGUAGACUAAAUCCAAGUUUUAACCCCAAAAUUGUAAAAUUUUAUAGUAUAAAACAUGUCCUAAAUAUUUAAAACCUUAAUUGAAAUCGGCUUAAAUUAAAGUGAGUGAGUGACAAGUUGGCCGAUUAAUGUUGAAAAAUGAAUUCAAGUAAUGAUAACCCUAGGAAGAAAAGUAUUGACUGGAACAGAUUUGGGCUUAACUCUAAUCACACUGAGGGAGACAUUGGUCUUGCAGGACUUUCCUAUGGAACUGAUGGACAUCAGCCUACUGAUGCCAACGAACUGUUUGCUGGCGAACAGAAUAGUCAGCCAUGGUGGAAGUCUCAGUUCUUUAUUUCUCAACCAGUUCUGUUCGGAACAUGGGACGGAGUGUUUACGUCUUGUCUCAUCAACAUCUUCGGAGUUAUCGUGUUUCUGCGGUCAGGUUGGCUCGUAGCUCAAGCUGGUGUUCUCAAUGCUCUCCUCAUCGUAGUAGCCACUGUUGGCGUAGCGUUGAUCACAGUAUUGUCUGCGGUUGGUAUCUGUGAGCGAUGUCGUAUGGAGAGUGGGGGAGUGUACUUCCUACUGGCUCAUGUGCUGGGUUCACGUCUAGGUGGAGCCAUAGGCCUCGUCUACGUCUUUGGUCAGGCAGUUGGAUGCUCGCUGUUUGUCCUUGGUCUAGGAGAGGCUAUUGCUGGACUGGUGGGUCUGGGAGCCAACGCCAGUGCUCAUCGGUUGUUCGCUAGCGCAGCAGUUUUGCUGCUCUCGGUCAUCAAUCUCGCCGGGGUCAAGUGGGUGGUGAAGCUACAGUUUGCUUUGCUGCUAGUUCUGCUGCUUGCUGGACUUGAUUUCGCUGUUGGCAGCUUUGUACAUACUGAAAGACGGAGUGGUUUCCAAGGCUGGAUGUCUGGGAAUCUCGAGGCUAACCUGUUUCCCGCGUACUCAGACGGUUACGGUUGGUUCACUACGCUUGGAGUGUUCUUUCCCACGGUUACAGGGGUGUUGGCUGGCAUCAACAUGAGUGGAGACCUACGUAACCCUUCCAAUGACAUACCCAAUGGAACAUUAGCCGCUUGCGCUACUGGGACUGGGUUGUACCUGAUUUUUGUGUUCUUCCUUGGAGCAACUUGCACUCGAGAAGCUCUUAGAACAGACUUUAUGAUUGCUGCCAAAGUUUCAGCCCUCCGUGUUCCUCUACUAGCCGGGCUGUACGUCUCCUCUAUGUCAAGCUGUCUGGGAGCUAUGUACGGUACUCCACGCGUCCUCCAAUCGAUAGCUAAUGAGAAUGUCAUUCCUGGCAUCCAUAUACUAGGAAAAGGGCGAGGUCCCAACAGGGUACCAGUUUAUGCUAUGGGCGUAGUGGCAACAGUGAUCAUCACCUUCACACUCUGUGGCAACAUUAACACUCUAGCUCCCAUCGUGACGAUGCCAUUCCUCAUGACCUAUGCUACUGUGGACUACGCUUACUUCGCUCUGGCGCAGACAUUCGACAUUCAACAUCAGAGAGAGUUGAGGUUUAGGUCGUCUUCAACGUCAGCCAACGGACGGAUGCACGGUUCGUCUCCAAGUCUUCAACAUUCGGCCAGCUCCGACCUAGACACUCUGUUCCCCGAGAGGAGUCAACACAGAGGCCAUACUCAGGAUGACUAUGACGAUGAGCCUGAAAUGUUGGAGACAGGAAGUCAGGAACAGUCCAAUGUGAGAGUUCACAACAAGAGAGGACGAUGGUACUCUAGUCUGUGCAACCGAUGGCUGUCUCUGUUUGGGGCACUUGUAAAGGUAGGCAUGAUGCUGAUGGUGGACUGGGGUAUUGCAGCAGCCAAUCUCGGAGCAGUGUUUGUUAUAUGGCUGUAUGUUGGUUUGAGCAACCCAGCCGUUAAACCAGGAGCUUCUAGCCAGUUUAGACUUCUCCGCUGGCUUCAGAUCGCUCUACUAAGGAUUUGUGGGAGAAAAGGUGUUGACUAUGAGGAGAUAGUUAUUCCACCAGAAGUCCCCAACCUGAAUUUGUGUCGUGAUCAAAUCAAUGAGGAGAAUGAAGACUUUGCCUAUAGACAACGCUUCCACCAAACUGCCUCCAUCCGUCCUGGCCAGUCGGCCUACGGGGACGUCCAGUUGUUGAGAUAAUCAAACAUCAAGUGUACAGAGCUUAGUCUAUGAUGACGAGCAUGUAAGAAGAUGGACCGUUUUUAUUUUAGAUUAUAUUUAAUUAGAUUCAGACAUUUUACGGUCAGUUUAACUGCCUCACUUAACUCUGAAUCAGAAUCGAGGCCACAAAACGUUGCAAAGCUUUUUUAUAUUUGCUAUGGGAAAUGACUACAAUGAUUUCUUGAAUUACUUGAGCCAUCUUCUUAAGUGCUUGUUGACUAGUAAUAUUUACCUAGAGGCCGUUGACAGUGCCUUGUUUUAUUGAGUAUCCUUGAUGUCCUCUUCACAGAGAAGAUAGAAUCAGAGUCUACAAUUUUGUUCAUAAAAUUGUUCUUUUACACAGUUGAAAAAAUGUUAGCACAGUCUUAAAACCUUCAAAUUGCCCAUCCACUUAGGCUUCGGAAGCCUGUGUAUGAAUUAUAUUUAGCAAAGCAAAAAGUGAAGCAGUGCAGUACAAGAAUUGACUAUAUUAAUAAAAUUUGAGUGGUAACAUCGAUUGGGAAAACAAGUUAUUGCUGCAAUGGUUUCACUGUCUUUUGCACUUCAGACUAAGCCAUCAACUAACCUAAAAAUAAUUUGGUGCUCUAAAGGCCUAAUACAUAGUUAAUUUACCAAAGAAAAUAAUUCAGCGUUGUUGAUAGGACAAAAAGUCCACAACAUAUUUUAUUUGAUACUUAACUCCCCUGGCUUUUUUCAAAAGCUAGUCGCAGGCAAAAGACGUUUUUCUGUAAAGUUGGCUUUAGGCCAGGGUUUCUAAGGAUUUUCUAGUAGACUGAAGAAGGAGCUAGUAGUCCGAAAAUUCUAUGUGCUAUGUGCAUAAAUUUUUGUCAGUAAGGUAAGCCUGCUGUUAAACCUACCUACGAAAAAAAUCUAUUUUCCUAGGAUAGUAGUAGUUCCUAGGUAAGUUAGUUAUGUAACUCCCCACAGUGACUUGACAAAGUGGCCCAGAAAGUUGCUAAUUGCUGCAUCUUCUUACUUUUUCCCCACAGAUUUUUUUUUGCCGCACAUCAGUAUUCCAACCAAACAACACAAAACAGUGUGCUUUUAUUAGGCACGUAAUAUGCUUACGCUUGAAAAUAAGAAUUUGCAGUUAAAGAUAUUACAACUACAAUCAGCUGGUGCAGCAUUUCCCAUUUCGUUCAAUGUUUGGAUUUAACCUAACCUAAAAAUAUGUUGUACAGUACAGUGUUUGAAAGACUAAUUAUUUAUAUGCUUUAUAGUAACUGUAGCAAAAAUAUAAUUUGUAUCGCGAGCGUGAACUGCCUUUGCUGCACUCGAGAAACUUUCCACACUCGCCUACGGCUUGUGCGUAAACAUUUCUCUUGUGUGCAGCAAAGAGCCACUUCGGCCCUUAUUAUUAUUAGAUAACAACGGUUAUUAUUAGUUACACAAAUAACUAUUUCCUUGUAUCCUAACACAUUCCUAAGCCAAACAAUUUUCCGUCUAAAAAAAUAACAUUAUUUAUAGUACAUUAAUGCCUAUGUUAACAAUGCUCUUUUUCUAUUGCAAUGUAAGAUUUUUUUUUAGCAAGACAUUUCUUAAUAGAAAAAAAAAUACUUCUGACUCUUUCUUCUCUGUGGAUCUUUGCAUUUAUUUAUGUAUAAUUACUAAGUGGGCUGUGAUGGUAAGUGUACUUCAUGAGAUUAUUUAUUUACAUAAUGAUACAUAAUGUGACUUGAAGUAAUAAUACUACACAACUAAUAUAGUUGGAAACAUCUUUGGGAAUUAAUGUAGCUUUAAUUUAUAUUCUAAAAAAAGCAAUUUGUCAGUUUUUAUGAUGAACCAAUUUACCCUCUAUUUUGUAUUUUUGUUUUCAUAAAAUUGUGUCUUAGUAAAAGCUGUUUGCUUUGUUGCCAUGAUUAUAAGAACCAUAAUUUAAUCUUGCUUAUCAUUUCAUUGAAAAGACUGUUGGAAACAUGUCAACCAAUGUUAUUAUUUUGUUUUUGAAACUGAGAAUACUACAUUAAGUUGGUUGGAUUUGUUUUCAAAGUUAUGCUAACAAGGAAUUUUUUUUACUCAAGUUAACUUUCCUCAAAUUUAUUUAUAAUUUAUUUAUUGAAUCAAUACUCCUCUAAUUUAUUUGUGAGUUAUUUAUUGAGUUAUUUAAUUACUUUUUCAUAAUAUUUAUUAGGCCUAAGGCCACAGCCACAAGGGCGUUUUUUCACGCGGUAAAUAUUAGCUUAUUUUCAUGCUGCUUGAACUCCCGCUGGUUUUUUCACGUGGUAACAUGUAGCUUAUUUAUUUUCGAACCGGUUGAAGUCUAGGACCAGCAAAACACAGUGGCAACCAGCAGUCAAAUGCUGAAUUCACGUGAUUAUGUUGUAUACCUUCCUCAUGGCCGGAAUAGUGACCUUGUUUUUGACUAGUGAAUAAGAAAUAUGAAUGGUUUAUUAAUUUCAAUACGAAAACAACUCUAAAAAUUAUUUUAUUUUGUUAACAUAUUAUUUAAUUAUAUACAUUUAGUAUAAAAAAAAAAUAUAAAAUAAAUCUAUUUAUGAGAUAUUUAAAAUCAAUUUAUAACUAGAUUUUAUCAAAUCAUUGAGUAUAACUAAAAUGUUUCUCUACAUAAAUGCCUCUUCACAUUCUUUAGUCCAACAAAAUUUCUUUCCUUUUUUUAGUAAUAAAUUAUUAAGUGGUCCAGUAAGGUCGACGUAUGUUUAGGAUAACACAUGUAGGCUAUUUGUAAUUGGCUAGACCCAAAAAUAUGUUACGCUAUUCUGGAAAAAAUUAAAUUUAUCUUGAUUUAAACUUUCCAUGACCACUUGAGCGACGCUGCGUGUUGCUCCUGCCCGUGUGACCAGGGCCAGAGCGUGAAAACAUGCUUCAAAAAUGCACCCUAGUCCAUUCUUCUGGAGGCCCGUGGCAGGCCGCUGCAUCUGCGUGAAAACACACUGCGUGGUGUGGCAUACCUAAUUACAUUUAAUGCUGCUCAUAUUUCUCACGUUUUUUCACGCUGUGUUCUUGCGUGAAAAAACGCCUGUUUGGCCAUAGCCUAAAUGUCAUUUUUUAAUGUGUGUAUUUAUUGUUAAAUUUAUUUAUUUUUGUAAUGUGUACCCUAGCAAUUAACUUGAUUGUAAGUGUCUAUUUUUAUCUGUUAGUCAAAGUAAUAAAACAAUAACAAAUUAUAAAAUAAUAAAUUAUAGCUAUUUUUUCA